AUGAGUGAAGAAAAGACAAUGAAAUGUUUAUGCGUUCUUGACAAUAAUAAGAUUGGCUGGAUAGAAAAACCAAUUCCAGAAUGUGGACCAUUAGACGUUAUCUGUAGACCAUUAGUACUAACUCCAUGUACAUCUGAUUGUCAUACUGUUUGGGAUGGAGUAUUGGGACAAAGAAAGAAUAUAACACUUGGGCAUGAAGCAGUUGGGCAGAUAGUCAAAGUUGGGUCAUUAGUUAAAACAUUUAAAGUUGGAGAUAAAGUUAUUGUACCUGCAGUGACACCAGACUGGGGAUCUUCUGCUGCUCAAGACGGAUUUUCACAACACUCAAAUGGAAUGUUAAGUGGGUGUAAAUAUGGCAAUAUAAAGGAUGGAGUUUUUGCAGAAUAUUUUAAUGUCAAUGAAGCUGACGCUAAUUUGGCAUUAGUUCCACAAGGAGUAUCAAAUGAAGAUGCGGUUAUGUUAUCAGAUAUGGUAACAACAGGAUUUUAUGGAGUAGAAUUAGCCAAUAUCCAGUUUGGAGAUGUUGUAUGUGUUUUUGGAAUUGGACCAGUUGGAUUAAUGGCUGUACUUGGUUGUGUAUUAAGAGGUGCGUCAAGGAUCUUUGCAGUAGGAUCAAGGGAACAUUGUUGUGAAGUAGCAAAAGCAUAUGGAGCUACAGAUAUUAUUAAUUACAAAAAUGGAGAUCCAGUAGCUCAAAUAAUGAAAGCUACAUUAAUGAAAGGAGUAGAUAAGGUUGUUAUUGCAGGAGGAUCAAGUGAAGUUCUUUCCCAAGCAAUUAAAAUAGCAAAACCAGGAGCAGAUAUUGGAAAUGUUAAUUACUUUACUGAUUUAACACAUCCAAUUGAAAUUCCAAAACUUCCAUGGGGUUUAGGAAUGGCUAAUAAAACUAUAAGAGGUGGAAUGACACCUGGUGGAAGAAGAAGAAUGGAAAAAUUAUCCAGUUUAUUAGAAUUUAAAAGGAUUGAUGUUUCUAAAUUAAUUACUCAUAGAUUUGAAGGUUUUGAUAAAUUAGAAGAAGCUUUAAUAACAAUGCAUAACAAACCAUCAAAUUUGAUUAAGCCAGUAGUUACCAUUCAUUAUGAAGAUGAAGAAACAUUGCAUUAA